AUGUCGCAUUAUUCUCUACGCUGGAACAAUCAUCAGAGCCAUAUACUACAGGCCUUCGAGGCGCUGCUGCAUUCGGAGGUGCUCGUCGACGUGACCCUUGUGUGUGCCGAGAGUAGCCUCAGGGCGCACAAGGUCGUCCUCAGUGCCUGCAGUCCCUUCUUCCGGAGGAUAUUCGCGGAACACCCGUGCAAGCAUCCGGUGAUCGUGCUGAAGGACUUCACCGGUCACGACGUGGCCGCUCUGAUCGACUUCAUGUAUCGCGGUGAGGUGCGGGUCGGCCACGAGGAGCUGCCGGGGCUGAUACGGGCCGCGGAGAGUCUGCAGGUGCGGGGUCUGUCGGAUCCCAUACUGACCCCGGCGGACCCGAUAUUGGCAUCGGCGGAUCCCAGGAUGUCGUCGCCGCCGGAGACGCCGAGCCUCUUGGGCGAGCCGCCGACGCCGGAGGGCGCCCGACAGGACAGCCCGGAGGAGGACGACAACGCCUCGGAGAACACGCCGAAGGAGCUCGCGGCGGUGGCGGCGGCGACGACGGCGGCGCUGCCCAACCCGACGACGACGACGACCUUCCAUUCGACGAGGGACCAUCGCGACAGCAGGAUACCGCUUAAGCUGAGCUACCAGACGAUACGCGAGAUAUGCGGCUCGUCGCUGAUGCCGCGGCGGAAACAAGCGCGGCCGCGCCGGCGGUCGGGCGAGCUCGUGCAGACGGUGCCGCAGGAUCUCAGCAGAAACCACACGCAGAAUUCGAGCCCGUCGCCGGGUUGCCUCAACCUCAGCGCUAGUCAGCAGCACCAGCAGGCCCAGCAGGAGCAACCCCAGCAGCCUCAAUUCCACCAGCAGCAACCCUCCGGCAACGCGCAGACCCACCACCACCAGCAUCAACAGCGACAUCAAGAGGACAUUGCGGAGAAUCUGUCGAUGAAGAGGUCCGCCUCACCGAGCGGGCUGGACCGGCACCGGAAAACCAUGAAGACGGAGGGUAGCGAGACCGCGAGCAGUCCCCGCUGCUCGCCGCUCACCGGGUCGAACCUCCUCCACCCGGACGGUCCCAUCCAGGACGUCUCAACGGCGGCGGCGGUGGUGGCGGCGGCGGCCUCGGUCGCGGGUCUGCCGCCGAUAUCGACGUUGUCGCUGACGUCGCCGCAUCAUCACAGCGAGUACCUGACUAGCCUCGGCCAGUUGGCCGCUCAGUGGCUACCCGGACAUCCGCAGGGUCAGUUACCGCCUCCUCCGCCGCCGAGCCACCUCGCGCGAGAGGGCAGCCCGCACGUGUCGGUGAGGAGCCACCCGUUCCAGCAGCAGCAGCAGCAACGGCAGGACUCGCCGUUGCCGCCACGCCGGAGUUCCGUCGCGGCGAUGUUCCCGACGUUGGACGGCGUGCCGGGUCUCGGGGCCGGCCUCUUCCCGCACGCGAGCAGCCUCGAGAGAGGCGGCAGCCUGCUCGCGGACCUCCACGCGGACUUCAAGGCUUCGGAGGCGCUGCACGGCCUCUUCGGCGCCGGCGGGCUCAGCGCCCAUCACUCGCCGCUGAGCAACAAGAAGCCGAAGAAGUACCGGGGUAACGGCGACACGCCGCGCCGAUGGAGCGACCCGACCGCUCGCGGCCUGCCGAUGGACAGGCCGAAGGGCCAGCACAGCGCGCCGCGAGGCGGCCCGCCCAGGUCUUGGACGAACGCCGAGCUGACCGAGGCGCUCCAGCAAGUCUGGAACAAGAAGAUGACGACGUCGCAGGCCAGCCGGAUAUUCGGCAUACCGUACAACAGCCUGCUGAUGUACGUGCGCGGCAAGUACGGCAAGAGUCUGAAGCUCGAGCAGCUGCGCAGGGACUGCACCGGGUCCGGCACCAGCAACCCCGAGUACAUGAACGCGGUGAACAACAAUGUCAAGGCCGUCCAGCAGAGCGCCCAGCUCGGGCACGGGCUGGCCGCGUUGCCGCCGACCCACCCGGCGGACGACGCCGCCAGCUUCCACCAUCACACCCUGCUGGGCGGCAACCUGCCGCAGGGUUUCUACCCCGACUUCGCCGCCGGGUCCUUCCCGAUGCCGGUGAACAUGGUGCACCUGCUGCCCCCGAGCGAGCAGAAGGGCUUCGACUCGUCCGGGAAUCCUGGCUGUGGAAGCGGCGGUGUUGGUGCUGCCGGUGCUGGUGGAGGAGGCAGCAGCAGCGGCGGAGGCGGCAGCAGCGGCAACAGCGCCGGCGACAUCGCGACCUCGCAGAGCAGCCGGACGCCCUCGCCGCUGCAGGACGACGAGCAGCAGCAGCAGCAGCAUCAUCCUCAUCACCACCAUCAUCACCACGAGUCGUCGCUCCAGUCACAGUCGGCGCCCGCGCUGCUGCAGCACAACGGUUCGGACUAG